AUGUUAAAAGCUGAUAUUAAAAUUGAUUUGGCUGAUCAAGAAGGUUUGAUUAAGUUAUCAAAUGAUGAUGCGAGAAAGAGCUAUAUUAUGGAAUGUAUUGAUCUUUUUGGUAAGUUUAUAGUUAAAUUUACAGGGAUAUUUGCAGCACUAGGUUUAAUUAUUUUGUUUCUAUUAAUGUUUAACACUUCUAAUGCUCAAUUAAUUCCAUGUGGUGAGGCAAUAUAAGAAAAGGGGCUUAUUGUCGUACCUGAAUAUGAAAAUACUCAAAAUGGUGAGGGUUUACUAUCGAUAGAAGUGCAAGAGUUACUGACUAGAGCAGACUGGAAACAGGCCGCAAUUGAUGGAGCUAUAAGUACAUUUGGAUUAGGCGUUUCCGGUGCAAACAAGAUGUUGGGAUCAGGUUGUACAGCAGCAACUUUAGGUGCACUUGGACUAGCAGGUCCGGCUGCUGCUGGAUCAGUUUUAGUAACUUGCGGUGUUGCAUUUAUGUUUUUAGCAGCAUUAAAUUUUGCAAGUUAUACUUUUCAAAAUUAUAGACAAGAUGGUGGCUGGAGAAAUGAUGCUGAUUCAAGUGCAGCAAAACGAUCAAUUGAAAUGCACAUGGAAACGUUAAAUAAUUUAGGUUUAGGUGCAGCUAGACCACUUAUUGAAGGAUUGUACGUUACGGAAGACCUAAUGGGUAUUGAUCAGUUAUUCACAGACAAAAGAGAAGAUAGUAGUAAUAAUGUGUUAUCAAGUGGUGCUGUGUAUUGGUUUAAUGUCUCAGAACCGGUACACGUAGGUUAUCAAUUAGUGUUGCAACAUGAGGAUCACAAUAAGUCUGUUUUUAUUGAACCAGAUGCGUUAGAUGAAGCUGCUGAAUUGUAUAAAGCGUGCGGUAAAAGCGGAGAAUGGUGUGUAAGUGAACAUAGGCUUUUGAACUCAACAAUAGCCAAAAGAGAUUCCUCAGGUAAUUGGGCCUCAUACAAUGAUUGGGGUGUGAAUGAGGGCUACUUAAAUGACUGGUUAAUCUGGGAUGAAUAUGGUAAAGCAGCUAGAAGACUUGCAUAUGACAAUUCCGUAGGUAUUGUUAGCCAAGUCCAACCCUGUACGAAUGAUUUUAGAUGCUAUGCUGUGAGUUCUAAAUGGUGUUUAGCAGGUGGAAUGUCACGUCAGAGAACUCAAGACUCAGCCUGGGUAGGUGAAGUAUACUAUGAUUCAUACGGUGGAGUCGAUGGACAGUGUUAUAAUGGAUAA